GAGUACCUUGUUCCUGCGUAAGGCAUAGGGCCAUAUCCAAUGACACAAUGUGGAGCAGAGCAAAAAGCGAAGCAGAGCAGACGGGAGUGGUUGGAAUCUAUCAGCUCAAGAAACUGCUUGGUCAGAAUCUGCAUGUCAAGGCUAUUGACAUGGCAGGCGAUGUCGGCGGCACUUGGUACUGGAAUUGCUACCCGGGGGUAUUGUCCGACACCCAGUCAUUCCUCAACCGAUACUCGUGGGACCUGGAGGAUCUCAAGUCGUACCCGUGGAAAAACCACUACCUUAAAGGCCCCGAAAUCCUGGCAUAUCUCAAUCAUGUGGUCGAAAAGUACGACCUUCGGAAACACUUCCAGUUCAAUACCGAGCUCCUAUCCGCAAAAUGGAGAGAGGAGGAACGGAGAUGGGUUGUUAUUUUAUCGACGGACAAGGCACUCAAAGUCAAAUACCUCAUCACGGGACUUGGUCUUCUCUCAAAGCCCAACUUCCCCAAGAUCCCCAACAUGCAAAGCUUCCAGGGCGAGCUGUACCACACAGCUAGGUGGCCGGAUGGCGUAGACCUCAAGGGAAAGCGAGUCGGGAUCAUUGGGAACGGCUCCACUGGAGUGCAGCUCAUCAUGGCAGUCGCAAAAGCCGAUGAGGUCAGACAACUGCUCUCGUUCCAACGCAACCCCCAGUACAGCGUCACUGCUGGAAAUGGACCAGUCUCGGCCGAGAGCCGCAAACAUCUUAACGACUUGUAUGAGGAAGUCUGGGACCAGGCCAAGAACAGCUCGCUUGCGUACGGGUUCCAAGAGAGCACUCGGCCCACCUUCAGCGUCACCCCAGAGCAGCGUGAGCAGAUCUUUGAAGACGCUUUGCAGAAGGGCAACGGCUUCCGCUUCAUGUUCUGGACCUUUGGCGACAUCACUGCCAACGAAGAGGCAAACGAGGCUGUCGCCGAGUUCAUCGGGAAGAAGAUCCGCCAGACAGUCAAGGACCCAGAGAAAGCUCACAAGCUUUGUCCUAGAGAAUUCUACGCCCAGAGGCCGCUGUGUGACACUGGGUACUGCGAGCAGUUCAACCGCGACAACAUUGAUGCCGUUGAUAUCAAGACGAACCCCAUCACCGAAUUCACACCAAACGGCAUCAAGACUACCGAAGGCAAGAUCUACGAGCUCGAUGUCGUUAUCUGCGCCACCGGAUUCGACGCUGUCGACGAACGGGCUGACAUCAUAUGCGUACCAAACUUUCCCAACCUCUUCAUGAUCUGCGGCCCAAAUGGUCCAUUCUCAAACCUUCCACCGGCAAUCGAGACACACGUUGAGAUCAUCUCCGAUCUGAUUGCCGUAGCAGAGACGGAUCCGGCACCACCUAGCCGUGGCAUAAUCGAAGCCGAAGCUGAAGCGGAAGAGGAGUGGACUGGUUUGUGCGACCAAUGAGCUCCAAGAGCUUGUUCCGCAGGAUCGAAACCUCCUGGAUCUUCGGUGCGAACGUGCCAGGCAAGAAGGCGGUUCCGAUGUUCUGGUUUGGUGGGUGAGGCCCGUACAGAAGGACAGUGCAAGAGAUAUACGACGAUGAUCUGAGGGGUUUCAAGAAGUUUGAUGCGCAGCCCGAGCGCACCGUUUUGUGACACAUGAGGAUGCUAUGAUGAGUUGUCGGUUACUGCCGUUUCC